GCAUCCUCUUUUCCUUCUGCACAGCUUUGAAACAGUCGACGUCAUUUCUCUCGCGCUGUUUGACUUGCUUCCUUUUGUUUUAGGCUUCUUAAGGCCUACGAACCACUGUGAAGCAGUUUGCAUUUGUGGGCGUCCUCGUUUUUCGUCAGUCCACUUUGCAGCUGUAGCGCGACACUCCCUCUCCAGCGCCCUUCAGCCUAUGCCGGCUUGUGCUUUGGAACUCGACACCGCUAUGGAAUAGGAUUCUGGCGGUCCAGGAGCGUCGCCGUGGAGUUGGCGACAUUUCGCUUGUCAGCAUUUUAACAUCUCGGCGAGCACCACACUUCACCAGCUUGGAGCAGGCGGCGUAUCAACCUUUGUGGUUGGUCAUUUGCAUCCGCGCGUGCAGCAGGGUGCUUUGGGUGUGGCAGUCGGGGGCGCCCUGCAGCACUUGGCUGUUUUUUUGGGGUGUGGCUCGUCUUCGUGCCCUUGUUGCCUGGUGCAUGGUUGCCUGGCGCCCGCCCUGCUGUGAUGCCCUGCUUGGCAGCGGACAGCACCCCUGCUGGUGGGGGCAACGCUGCCAGCCCGUUCUUCAGCCCCGGGCUGCAGCUCCACCUUGCCCUGUCCACGCAUAGCCUGGCGCACGGAGUGCAGGACCUGACGACGCAGCCUCAGGGCCCCAGCCUGCCUACCUACCCAGUCCUUCUGGUGGGUGCCACCACGGGGCUCCCAGAGGGCGAGCAGCUGUCCUCAGCCAGCGUCCGGGAAGUGACCAGUGCUGCCCUGUCAGUGCUGGACACCAUGUGCCGGCAGGGCAACCAGCCGCAGCUCUUGCAGGGCCACUCUCUGCACAGCACAGGCCACCCCUCCCGCACGCUUGCGGGGCUGGCCUUCAGCCGGCGCGCGACCAGCGCCAGCAAAGCAGCCUUCACAGCGGAGCUCAUGCGCAAGUCGCCGCUGGCGGUACCACUCCAGCGCGGUCAGGCUGUCCUCACGGUUCACGUGCCAGUGGACACCCGGCCCAUCAUUCCGGGCACCUACACCGUCACGGUCAAGAUGGUAGGGGGCCCUGUGUGGGGGGCUUUCCGUGGUCGCACCGAUUUGGUGCUGCAGGCGGGUGGCUAUCCCACCACCUCGGACCCCUCUAACCUGACAUGUGCUUAUGUGGUCUCAGAGCAGUGCGCCAAAUCGGUGGGCCCCAAGGGGGAGCCCCAGGCCCCCGCAGGCCAGGGCAUCACCAACCACAUCUUUGCCUGUGUGCGGGGCCCCAUCUGGGACCCGCAGCUCUCUCACCUGCACUGUGCCAAGUUUGAGAUGCCCGGUGAGGAGCCCAUGCAGGUGGAGGUCCGUGGCGCCCCCCAGGCGGCUGGGACGGCCACGACAGCUGUGGCAGGCAGCCCUGCUCCGGCUGCAGCCGGGGUCGCCGACCUGGGUGGCAACACCUUGGGUGUGGCGAGGCCCGCGGCUGCCAUGGCGACCGCAGCGGACAUUGUUGACCACGUGGGGGACGUGCAGAUGCAGGAGGCGGCGGGUUUGGGUGACGCGGCGGCUGCAGCUGGUGGCGCCAGCGGGCCACACAGCGGGGCCCUGCCCCCGCUGCCAGUUCUGGUGGCGGGGGGAAGCAACCGUGCUGCUGCAGCUGCCCUGCGGGCCGCGCUGCAGCAGCAGCCCUCUUCACAGCAGCGGGUGACAGCGGGAGGGCUUAGCGGGGUCCAGCCGGCGGCAUGUGUGGGGGGGCCGCUGGCGGCCGGGCCUCGCCCUGCCGGUGCUGGGCCGGCUGGCGUGCAGCAGCAGCCCAGUGGGGCUCCCGCGCCACUGCCACCCUUGGAUCAGCGGGCAGCCGCCGGGCAGGAUCAGGAGCAGACUGCUGUGAUGCGGCGGUACUUGGCCGAGCUGGCGGACCUCAAUCUUCAGCGGCAACAGCGGUUACAGCAGCAGCAGCAGCAGGAGCUGCAGCGCCAGGGGCAGUCACCCAGGCCCCGGACCGGCUCCCAGGUUAUGGUCCUGGCCACGCUGGGGGGACAGGACGGGGCGGGCGGUGGCGCUGGCAGGGCGGCGUCACGGCGUGGGCAACGUGUUGACGUAGUUGACCACAUGGGGGACGUUCAGAUGCAGGAGGCGGCGGGUUUGGGUGACGCAGCGGCUGCCGCGGGUGGCGUCAGCGGACCACCCGCUGUGGCCUCGCCCUCGCUGCUAGCUCUGAUGGCGGGGGGAAGCACCCGGGCUGCUGCGGCUCCCCUGAGGGCCGAGCGGCAGCAGCAUCCCUCUUCACAGCAGCGGGUGGCAGCGGGAGGGCUUAGCGGGGGGCAGCCGUCAGCAGGCGUGGGGGGGCCGCCGGCGGCCAGGCGUCGCACGGCCGAUGCUGGGCCGGCUGGCGUGCAGCAGCAGCCCAGUGGGGCUCCCGCGCCGCAGCUGCCCUUUGAUCAGCGGGCAGCCGCCAGGCAGGAUCAGCAGCUGACAGCUGCGAUGCAGCGGUACUUGGCCCACAAGGCGGACCUCCAUCUCCAGCAGCAACGGCGGGUACAGCAACAGCAGCAGCAGGAGCAGCAGUGCCAGGUGCAGCCGCCCAGGCCCCGGACCGGCUCCCGGUUUGAGGUGUUGGCCACGCUGGGGGGACAGGACGGGGCGGGCGAUGGCGCUGCCACGGCGGCGCCCGGGCGUGGGCGACGGGUGCAACCAGCCGCGCACGCACCGCCACCGCCGCCGCAGCAACAGCCCCGCUCCAAAGGGCGCGGUGGCCCCGCCCAGCUCCCGCAGCAGAGGGCAGGGCGCUUGGGCGGCGGGCUGCCUCCCCCGCAGGACGGUGCUAGCUCGCCGCCGCGCGUGCCCACUGGGCGGCCGGCCGGGGGACAGCAGGCUGGUGGGGGCAGCGGGUCGGGGCGCCAGGGUGGAGGAGCGGGACAGGCAGUGCCCCAGCCGCCGCCCCAGGCGCGGCCGCCACUGCAGACGUCACAACCGGCGGGUGGUGGUAAGGGCAGGGGCAGGGGCCUGGGCGCGCCGGCUGGGGUUUCGGCCGACACGGCUGGGCGCGCGGGUGGGGGUGCGGGCAGUGAGGCGGAGUACGGGGCCGUUAGCCUGACCCGGGACAUGUGUGUUGCCAUCGGCUCUGACCUCGUGACGCACCAGAACCGCUGCGCAGAUGUGCAGGGGUAUGAGUGGGUGCAGCUGGGCCACGACACGCUUGGUGGCCGCCUCCUCGCCUACCUCCGUGACCAGGGCGCCACCGUACCGGACUGGGCCGUCUGCCGCGUGCCGGCUGGCCGUACCGCCGUCCUGGCACAGCUGCACGACGAGUUCACUGGCUGGUGGCGCCUAUACUCAGCCCAGCCUGCAGACACGCCCCUGCCCUCUGAUGUGACGGAGCAGCUGGAUGACGCCGCGCAGCAGGUGCAGACGGCCUACAUGGACUACGUGCUCCUAGACGCCCGCACCCUGCGGUCCGCUAAGCGUGGGCUGGCGGACCCCGGCGGGGCCAGCGGACCCAGCCGCCGGCAACGCCAGCACCGCAGCCGCAGUACCUCCAGCCUCAUGAGCCUGGGCAGCGCUCCGUUGCACCCCGGCGGCGCCAGCUCAGUGAAUGUCAACGGCCUGGGCUCGCCGCUCAAGGCGCGGGCGCUGGUCUCGCACCUGCAGCAAGUUGGGGCGGAUGUGGCGAUGGUGCAGGAGACCCACGCUACUGACACGACGGUGCUGGAGUCUUGCCUUCGUGCCGCGCAGGGGGCGUGCCUUCCGUGGCGCCACUGCCUUGCUGCCAGCCCGGCAGCGUCGCCCCACUCCUGUGGGACGGCUAUCCUGGCGCGGAGUCGGCUGUCCCUUCCAGGCUGCGUACUGCAGCCGCCGUCAACGGAUGCGGCGGGCCGUGUGGUAUGUUGGGAUUGGGACGUGGGUCACCUGCGCCUGCGCUUCGUGUGUGUGUAUGCGCCCACGGCCGUGGCGGACAAGCCUGCUUUCUUUGCCGGGCUGCAUACCCACCUGGCCUCGGACAGGGUGCUUGUUGUCGGUGGGGACUGGAACUGUGUCACCGAUGCCAGUCAGGAGGCGGCCCCUAGCCCAUCACGUGCUGCAGGUGCCCCGCAACUUGCCAGCCUCCUCGCCCAGUUCAGUCUGGUGGACCCUUGGGCGAGCAAGCGUGGCGGCGCCAAGGGCUACACGCAUCCGGCCACGCCCAAGCCGGCCACUCCCGCACGCCUGGAUCGGUGGUAUGUCAGUGCCGCCGCGGCGCCGUGGGUGGUGGAUGUCGCUCGCACGUAUGGGGCGCCUGGGGACCACAACGGUGUGCUGCUCACCCUGUCCUUGCCCGACCUGCCACAUGCGCACCGGGAGCAGUGGCGCUUCCCCACAUACCUGCUGUUUCACCCCUCGCUGCGUCUGGAGCUCGAGCAGCGCUUGGAGGCGCACGUUGCCGCAAAUCCUGUGACCAGUACAGGUGACGGCGAUUGCACGCAAUGGGAGGCGGACAAGUUCUUCUUGCGGGAGGCCGCCACCAGCAUCCACCGUCGGCAUGCACGCCAGACCCGGGACGGGCUGCAUGGCGUGGUGCUGGCCGCAGACGCGGCCGCUGCCCUGGCCGACCGGCCGGGUGCCAGCGCCGCGCAGCGUCAGGCUGCGGCCAUGGCCAACUUGGCGGUGUGGGAGGAGCGGGCAGCUGCCGCAGCGGCCAGCCACAAUGCCCGCGCUGCACUGAUGGAGGAGCAUGGGGAGCGGGGCACUCGCUGGUUCCAUCGGCAGGCUGACGAGCCAGCAGCCGGCGCGCAGGAGCCCAUCACGCACUUGAAGCUUUGAAACAGUCGACGUCAUUUCUCUCGCGCUGUUUGACUUGCUUCCUUUUGUUUUAGGCUUCUUAAGGCCUACGAACCACUGUGAAGCAGUUUGCAUUUGUGGGCGUCCUCGUUUUUCGUCAGUCCACUUUGCAGCUGUAGCGCGACACUCCCUCUCCAGCGCCCUUCAGCCUAUGCCGGCUUGUGCUUUGGAACUCGACACCGCUAUGGAAUAGGAUUCUGGCGGUCCAGGAGCGUCGCCGUGGAGUUGGCGACAUUUCGCUUGUCAGCAUUUUAACAUCUCGGCGAGCACCACACUUCACCAGCUUGGAGCAGGCGGCGUAUCAACCUUUGUGGUUGGUCAUUUGCAUCCGCGCGUGCAGCAGGGUGCUUUGGGUGUGGCAGUCGGGGGCGCCCUGCAGCACUUGGCUGUUUUUUUGGGGUGUGGCUCGUCUUCGUGCCC